GGCCUGCGGCGCCGCCGCCGCCGCCGCCGCCGCUGCCGCUGCGACGACCAUGUCGGCGGCCAAGGAGAAUCCGUGCAGGAAAUUCCAGGCCAACAUCUUCAACAAGAGCAAGUGUCAGAAUUGCUUCAAGCCCCGAGAGUCGCAUCUGCUCAACGACGAAGACCUGACGCAGGCAAAACCCAUUUAUGGUGGCUGGCUGCUCCUGGCUCCAGAUGGGACAGAUUUUGACAACCCAGUGCACCGGUCUCGGAAAUGGCAGCGGCGGUUCUUCAUCCUCUAUGAGCAUGGCCUCCUGCGCUACGCCCUGGAUGAGAUGCCCACAACCCUCCCACAGGGCACUAUCAACAUGAACCAGUGCACAGAUGUGGUGGAUGGGGAGGGCCGUACUGGCCAGAAGUUCUCCCUGUGCAUCCUGACACCUGAGAAGGAGCAUUUCAUCAGGGCAGAAACCAAGGAAAUCAUCAACGGGUGGCUAGAGAUGCUAAUGGUUUAUCCCAGGACCAACAAGCAGAACCAGAAGAAGAAAAGGAAAGUAGAGCCACCCACCCCACAGGAGCCUGGACCUGCCAAGGUGGCUGUCACCAGCAGCAGCAGCAGCAGCAUUCCCAGUGCAGAAAAAGUCCCCACCACCAAGUCCACACUCUGGCAGGAAGAAAUGAGGGCCAAGGACCAGCCCGAUGGGAGCAGCCUGAGCCCAACUCAGAGUCCUAGCCAGAGCCAGCCUCCUGCUGCCAGCUCCUUGCGGGAACCGGGGCUGGAAGGCAAAGAAGAGGAGAGCAACAUGAGUAGUGACCGCAUGGACUGUGGCCGCAAAGUGCGGGUGGAGAGUGGCUACUUCUCCCUGGAGAAGACCAAGCAGGACCUGAAGGCCGAGGAGCAGCAGCUGCCCCCGCCACUCUCACCCCCCAGCCCCAGCACCCCCAACAGGUACAGUUGCCCUGAACCGCCCUCCCAGGGACUUGGUCGUCCCCUUCACCCCCCAGGUCCUCGGGCCCCCAGCCGCAUGAUCUGCAGCCUCUCCCUCAACUCCCUGGACGAGGCCAGACAGCAGCCUGCUCACGUGGACGCCAGCAGCACUGGGGGACGGGAGACAGAGACGCUGGGGAGCGCCUUUGCCUUCAGAGCCAGCAGGCAGUAUGCUGCCCUGGCCGACGUCCCCAAGGCCAUCAGGAUCAGCCACCGAGAAGCCUUCCAGGUGGAGAGGAGGCGACUGGAACGUAGAACUCGGGCCCGGAGUCCUGGCAGGGAAGAGGUGGCCCGUCUGUUUGGCAACGAGCGGAGGAGAUCCCAGGUAAUUGAAAAAUUUGAGGCCUUAGACAUUGAGAAGGCAGAGCACAUGGAGACCAAUGCCUCGGCAGUGCCCUCCCCAUCAAGCGACACUCGCCAGGGCCGCAGCGAGAAGAGGGCAUUCCCCAGGAAGCGGGACUUCACCAGUGAAAUCCCCACAGCGCCUCUAUCGGACACCUCAGCUUCCCCCCUGUCUCCACACCGAAGAGCCAAGUCACUGGACAGGAGGUCCACGGAGUCCUCCAUGACGCCUGACCUGCUGAAUUUCAAGAAAGGCUGGCUGACCAAGCAGUACGAGGACAGCCAGUGGAAGAAACACUGGUUUGUCCUGGCAGAUCAGAGCCUGAGGUACUACAGGGAUUCCGUAGCUGAGGAGGCAGCUGACUUGGAUGGGGAAAUUGACUUGUCCACAUGUUAUGACGUCACAGAAUAUCCAGUCCAGAGGAACUAUGGCUUCCAGAUACACACAAAAGAGGGCGAGUUCACACUGUCUGCCAUGACUUCUGGAAUCCGGAGGAACUGGAUACAGACCAUCAUGAAGCACGUUCACCCAACCACUGCCCCAGAUGUGACCAGCUCAUUGCCUGAGGAGAAGAACAAGAGCAGCACAUCUUUUGAGACCUGCUCAAGGCCAAGUGAGAAGCUUGAGACGGAACCAGGGGAGCCAGAUCCUGAGCAGAAGAGGAGCCGUGCACGUGAACGAAGGCGGGAGGGCCGCUCCAAGACCUUUGACUGGGCUGAGUUCCGCCCCAUCCAGCAGGCCCUGGCUCAGGAAAGGGCCAGCACUGUGGGGCCUGCUGAUGCCCAUGAACCGGGGCACCUUGAGGUCGAGCCAGGGGAGCUGGAGCGGGAACGUGCACGGCGGCGGGAAGAACGCCGCAAGCGAUUUGGGAUGCUGGACACUGCAGAUGGACCAGGUGCUGAGGACAUGACCCUGCGAAUGGAGGUUGACAGGAGCCCAGGGUUGCCAGUGGCCACUGACCUCAAGACACAGAAUGUCCAUGUGGAGAUUGAGCAGCGGUGGCAUCAGGUGGAGACCACUCCUCUCCGGGAGGAAAAGCAGGUGCCCAUUGCCCCCCUGCACCUGUCCUCCGAGGAUGGAAGUGACCGACUCUCCACUCAUGAGCUGACAUCCCUGCUGGAGAAGGAGCUGGAGCAGAGCCAGAAGGAGGCCUCGGACCUUCUGGAGCAGAACCGGCUCCUACAGGAUCAGCUGAGAGUGGCCCUAGGCCGUGAGCAGAGCGCCCGGGAGGGCUAUGUGCUCCAGACUGAAGUGGCCACCUCCCCAUCGGGUGCCUGGCAGAGGCUCCAUAGAGUCAACCAAGACCUCCAAAGUGAGCUGGAAGCCCAGUGCCAGCGGCAGGAGCUGAUCACGCAGCAGAUACAGACCCUGAAACGUAGCUAUGGGGAGGCCAAGGAUGCGAUCCGGCACCACGAGGCCGAGAUCAGGAGCCUGCAGGCGAGGCUCAGCAACGCCGCCGCCGAGCUGGCCAUCAAAGAGCAGGCACUGGCCAAGCUCAAAGGCGAGCUGAAGCUGGAGCAGGGCAGGGUCCGUGAGCAGCUGGAGGAGCGGCAGCACAGUGAGGCCGCGCUGAGCGGCCAGCUGAGGGCCAGCGAGCAAAAGCUCAAGAGCGCAGAGGCCCUGCUGCUAGAGAAGACUCAGGAGCUGCGGGACCUGGAGAUGCAGCAGGCCCUACAGCGGGACCGGCAGAAGGAGGUACAGAGGCUACAGGAGCGCAUUGCUGACCUCAGCCAGCAACUGGGUGCCAGCGAGCAGGCCCAGCGGCUGAUGGAGGAGAAGCUGCAGAGGAACUAUGCGCUGCUGCUGGAGAGCUGCGAGGAGGAGAAGCAGGCACUGCUGCAGAACCUGAAGGAGGUGGAGGACAAGGCCAGCGCCUACGAGGACCAGCUGCAGGACCAUGCGCAGCAGGUGGAGGCUCUCCAGAAAGAGAAACUUAGUGCCAAGUGUGAGGGCAGUGAGCAAGUGCACCAGCUGGAAGAGCAGCUGGAGGCCCGGGAGGCCAGCAUCCGCCAGCUUGCUGAGCAUGUGCAGAGCCUCCGUGAUGAGCGGGACCUCAUCAGGCAGCGGUUCCAAGAGCUGAUGGAGCGUGUGGCCACAUCCGAUGGGGAUGUGGCUGAGCUUCGGGAGAAACUGAGAGGAAGAGAAGCUGACUACCAAAACCUGGAGCACUCACACCGUAGGGUCUCUGGCCAGCUGCAGAGCAUGCGCACUCUGCUGAGAGAGAAGGAGGAGGAACUGAAGCACAUCAAGGAAGCACAUGAGAGAGUUCUGGAAAAGAAAGAGCAGGAUCUCAGUGAGGCUUUGGUUAAAAUGGUGGCCUUGGGGAGCAGUUUAGAGGAAACAGAAAUUAAGCUGCAGGCAAAAGAAGAGAUUUUAAGGAAAUUUGCAGAUGAGCCUCCAAAGGAAUUGGAAGAGCCACAGAGCACCCCAGAAGAAACAGAGGACCGGGGUUUACUCUCGGGCCAACAGCUCCCAACUGCUGGGGCACCUCCAGGCUUACCCCACAUGCGGUUGGAAGAUGAAGACUCAGGAGCAGGGCUGGGGGAAGAAUGUGGGGAUGGCAACCCCAGCAGGGAAGAGAGUGCAAUGCCCCUGAAGUCCUUGGACGCUCCUGACAGGGAGGGGCAUCCACAGAGCACAGCCAAACCCGACCAGGGAGCACCUGGUGUUAAAAGGCAAAGAAUUCGGUUCUCCACAAUCCAGUGCCAAAGAUACAUCCACCCCGAGGGGUCUGAGAAGACCUGGACCAGCAGCACGUCAUCAGACACCAGCCAGGACCGGUCACCCUCAGAGGAGAGCAUGUCCUCGGAGGUCACCCCUAACACGCUGCCUGUGGCCGGAGACUCCGAGACAUACCUCUCCAUAAUCCACUCCCUGGAGACCAAGCUGUACGUCACAGAGGAGAAGCUUAAGGAAGUGACCGUGAGGCUAGAAAGCCAGCAGGGCCAGAGCCAGGAGGCGCUCCUCGCCCUGCACCACCAGUGGGCCGGCACCGAGGCACAGCUCCGCGAGCAGCUUCGCACCAGCCUGCUGCAGGUCGGCGCCCUGGCCUCCCAGCUGGAGCAGGAGAGACAAGAGAGGGCCACGAGUAUUGAGAGCCAUGUUGGGGAGCUAGGGGACUUCCAGGCAAAAAAUAGUCAGGCCCUGACAUGCUUGGAAAACUGCCGCCAACAACUAAGGUCCCUGCCCCACGCUGGCCAGGAGGAUGAGCGGGAGGCACAUGCAGCCUCCCUGGCCAGUGUGGAGAGCACACUUAUGAGUGCCAUCCAGGCCCUGCAGUCCUGGCCAGCCCCCACAGGUGGUGGGGCCCAGGCUGGGCAGGAGGAGGGGUGCUCCGUGGAGAGCGGGGUGGCAGCGCCUCUGCGCCAGCACGUGCUGAGUGAGCAGGAGCAGGCAAAGCUGCUUUCUGACCAGAUGGCCCUGGAGGCAGCCCUGAUCAGCCAAAUAGCAGACUCACUGAAGAGCACGACCUCAGACGUGUCUCGCCUUCUCCAUGAGGUUGCGUGGUCAGAAGAGCGCUUGCUGGAGGGAGAAAGUUGUGCCAUCUCUGCUGAGGCCCCAGCAGAGGCCUGGGCCAGGAAGGUGCUGGUGGAUGGCGAGUUCUGGAGCCAGGUCGAGUCCCUGAGUAAACGCCUUGGGACACUGGGAGGAGAGGCAACCAGCUCAUCAGGAGAUGGGCAGCAGCAUGUCCCCCAAAGCCUGGCCGAUGCCACAUGGGUCCGGGCAGAGCUCAGCUUUGCCACACAAUUGGUGAGGGAGUCAUUCCACCGUAGGCUGCAGAGUGUCCAAGAGACCCUGCGGGGGACGCAGACUGCCCUGCAGCAGCACAAAUGUGUGUUGGGGGAAAUCCUGGGAGCUUAUGGAACCCCAGAUUUUGAGAGAGUGAUGCAGCAGGUUUCAGAAGCCCUCGGGCGUCCAGAGGGCAGUGUGGACAGUGUGCAGACGUCCUGGGACCUGAGACUGUUAGGAGAAGUUCUGAGUCCAGACACAGACAGCUCCCAGGAACCCUUGCAUGUGUCCCAUCAGAGCCCUGGGGCCCUUGUUGCUAUUCAGGAAGAGCUUGCCCAGCAGCUGAGAGAGAAAGCCAGCAUCCUAAAGGAGAUCGCUGCUGCUUUGCCAGCCCUACCCCCUGCUGAGUCAUUAAGGGGUUGUCGCAAGCUUCUGCAGACUUCUCAGACUCUCUCCUACAGUGCUUGUUUGGGAGGCCUUGGUCAGUAUUCAUCCUUACUGGUUCAGGAUGCAAUCAUUCAGGCUCAGGUGUGCUAUGCGGCCUGCAAACUCCGGUUAGAGUAUGAAAAGGAACUUCGAUUUUACAAGGAGUCCUGGCGAACCAGGGAGACCUCCUGCCAGGAACAGGCACAAGUGGUUGGGGCCCUGCGGGAGGAGUACAAGGAGCUCCUCCGCAAGCAAAAAAGCGAGUAUCUGGAGGUGAUUGCCCUCAUAGAAAGGGAAAAUGCCGAGCUCAAGGCCAAGGUGAGCCAGCUGGACCAUCAGCAGAGGUGUUUGGAAGAAGCAGAGAGCAAGCACAGUGAGAGCGUGUUUGCCCUGCAGGGCAGAUAUGAGGAGGAGAUCAGGUGUGUGGUAGAGCAGCUGAACCGCACUGAGAACACACUGCAGGCCGAGCGCAGCCGGGUCCUAAGCCAGCUGGACGCCUCCGUCAGAGACAAACAGGACAUGGAGCGGCAGCAUGUGCAGCAGAUGCAGACACUGGAGGACAGAUUCCAGCUGAAGAUCAAGGAGCUGCAGGCCAUCCACGAGGAAGAGCUAAGGGCCUUGCAGGAGCAUUACUCACGGAGCCUGCUGCGCCUGCAGGAGACCCUCAGCCUCUGCCAGCAGCAGCACCCUGAAGCCCUGCCAGCCCCCUCCCCCCGAUGGCGGCCAGAGUCUGGGGCUGCCCCACAGGCAGCCCAAGGAGAAGCUGACUCCAUGACAGGGCUGCGGGAGCGCAUCCAGGAACUGGAGGCCCAGAUGGAUGUAAUGCGCGAAGAGCUGGGCCACAAGGAGCUGGAGGGCGAUGCAGCUACACUGCGGGAGAAAUACCAGCGGGACUUUGAGAAUCUCAAGGCCACAUGUGAGCGGGGCUUUGCUGCAAUGGAGGAAACACACCAGAAGAAGAUUGAAGAUCUGCAGAGGCAGCACCAGAGGGAGCUGGAGAAGCUGAGGGAAGAGAAAGACCGCCUCCUGGCUGAGGAGACCGCCGCCACCAUCUCAGCCAUUGAAGCCAUGAAGAAUGCCCACCGGGAGGAGAUGGAACGCGAGCUAGAAAAGAGCCAGCGGUCUCAAAUCAGCAGCAUCAACUCGGACAUCGAAGCCCUGAGGCGACAGUACCUGGAGGAGCUGCAGUCGGUGCAGCGGGAGCUAGAGGUCCUCUCGGAGCAGUACUCGCAGAAGUGCCUGGAGAAUGCCCACCUGGCCCAGGCACUGGAGGCCGAGCGGCAGGCCCUGCGGCAGUGCCAGCGUGAGAACCAGGAGCUCAACGCCCACAACCAGGAACUGAACAACCGCCUGGCUGCAGAAAUCACACGGUUACGGACACUACUGACCGGGGACGGUGGUGGAGAGGCCUCAGGGUCGCCCCUCACGCAGGGCAAGGAUGCCUAUGAGCUAGAGGUCUUAUUGCGGGUAAAGGAAUCAGAAAUACAGUACCUGAAACAGGAGAUCAGCUCUCUCAAGGAUGAGCUCCAGACAGCACUGCGGGACAAGAAGUAUGCCAGUGACAAAUACAAAGAUAUCUACACAGAGCUCAGCAUCGCAAAGGCCAAGGCAGACUGCGACAUCAGCAAGUUGAAAGAGCAGCUGAAAGCAGCUACAGAAGCCCUGGGAGAAAAGUCCCCUGAGAGCCCUGCUGUGGCAGGAUACGACAUAAUGAAAUCUAAAAGCAACCCUGACUUCCUGAAGAAAGACAGAUCCUGUGUCACCCGGCAGCUCAGAAGCAUCAGGUCCAAGUCCGUAAUUGAGCAGGUCUCAUGGGAUAACUGACUCGCGCCCGCUUCCAGGUCCCCUGUCGUGUAGAGUCUGAAGGAAGGCCUGACAGUGCAGGAGCGGCUGAAGCUCUUUGAAUCCAGGGACUUGAAGAAAGACUAGCUGCGUCCCUCGCAACUUGACACGCCCUUCCCAGCUGGUGGCGGCACGGCCCAAGCAGCUUCUUGUCCGUACUUUUGUUUGUUGUCAUUGUCAUCAUUAACUGUGGGUGUGGAUGCGUGAGAGACUGGUGUCUGGGUUGUCUGCACACUCCCUGCCAUGCUGACUCUGGCUUCUUGUCCCCGUCACAGCUUUUUUUCCAUGGUAUCUGAAAUUAGUGAAGCUCGAGCAGUGGGGCGGGGAGGGCCGUCCCACAGCGUCGGAGCAGAACGCCCUCCACGGCCCCACCGCACUCACUGUCAGUAUUAAGGCUCAGCGGCCUGUUGAUAAGCUAGCCCUGUCUCAGAGUGCAGGAUGGGGACCUGGCUGCUGUCCCAGCUCUGCUGCCCACUGGCCGGGCACCACCAGGCGGGCAGGUCCUGUUGGGCAGAGAGGAGCCACCUGGAUGGUCGGGUUUGGCCUGGACCGCAGCAGAGGUGCCUCCCCUGCCUGGUUGCUGGAGGAAGAGGCCCCGCGGGCUGUGCAGCCUGCAUGCGCUGCCUUUUGGCCUGGGAGGAGGACAGCAUUUGGUGUUUGUUCCACUAACGCAGCUUAGAACCACGCCCCAGAUGACCCUGGCAAACCUUUCACAACCUGGAAAAUGUUGGAAGCAACCAUUCCUAUUUUUGUUUGUUUUUUAUUAAAUCUUGCACAAAA